UAAACCAUGUCAGACGAUUUUAUACCGUUAAACCAAAGUACACCUGUACACGGAAAAUGGCCAAGAAGAAAUCAAAACCAAAGGCAUUAUACUCGUAAUAAUCGUUACCAACAUAUUGGACCACGGAGAAGUGUUCAUAAUCAAAAUAGAUGGAGUAAUAAUUCUAUGAGAAAUAGUAGCUUUGGGACUGACUCCAACUGUAGCUAUGGCCAAGAUACUAAUCAAAGUAGCAUUGAUGCAUAUCUUCAUCCAUCCAUGCUUGAAGACCCAUGGGAAAAGUUGAGGCAGAGAAACAAUUCAAAUUAAGUAAGAAAACCACAAAGAGACAUAAUUCACUGUGUUUGUGCUCUGCACACUUGUUUUAUAAUACAGAUAUUUAGACUUUUUUAUUAUUUAGUUUGUAAUUCAUCAAUAUGUAUAAGAUUGUUUAUGAAAAUGCUUUCAUGUCUAAACUAACUCUGUAUAUCAAAACUUUAUGUUGAAUCUGAAGAAUUUAA